CAGAGAAACGCCAACUCUCUCUCUCUCUCUCUCUCUCUCUCUCCGUCUUCAGACGACGUCGCUGGCUCCUUCAAUCGAUUGAUCGGCCGCGACCGGCGACCUUGCGUUGCGUGGACCCUGGGCUGAACACGGGAGAGUUGGCGUAUGGCACGAGGAUCGCCCUCAUCAUCCUCUUCGCCCUCACCGUCCUCUUCACCCUCGUCUUCUACCUCUGCAACCCCGUCCGCGUCCCGCCGCACCGGAGCCAAUCCCUCCUCGCCGCUGCGGCGGCGGUGCGGAGGAUGGCGGCCACAUGACUGCGGUCGCGCUCGGCCUGGACCAGGCCACGCUGUGCAGCUUCCCGAAGCUCCUCUACUCUCGGGUGAAGGCCGCGAGCUCGAGCUGCUGCUCCAUUUGCUUGUCGGAGCACAAGGAGUCGGACGUGCUGAGGCUGUUGCCGGGCUGUGGCCAUUACUUCCGCUCGAAGUGCGUUGAUCUGUGGUUGAGAAUGAAUCGGUCGCGUCUGAACUGCAGGACCUCGCUGGUUCCGACUCCGGUCAGGAGUUCCCUCGCUGAGGUGACCCCGCCGGCGGGUGGUCGAAUUGCAGCUCAGAUUCUAGAAUCAAACAAAAUGCACUGUAAAUUAAUUGAGGUUUUUCGUGCAUGGGUUCGAGGUGUUGACUGAAAUCGAUCGAUUUUGCGCCAUUUUCGAUGCUUCUUUUACCUUUUUAAUUUUCUUUGGUUGCUCAGGCUCGUCGAAACGCAGAAGAGACGUCGCGUUCGGCGGGUGGGUCGGUGGUUCGCCGCCAGAUAAGUGCAGCGAAUGUACAGCCAAAAACUUGAGACGAUUAUGAAGUGAUCGGUCAAAUAUAAUAGAAUAAGA